AUGCGAGUUCUGCAGCGCAUGCUUUCGAGUUCCUGCUACACAAAGUUGUCUUUGCAGUAUGCCUGCCUUCUUCUCAUGCCUGCGGGCUUGCAGGGGAAUUUGCGUACAAGCCAGCUUGUACAUCUGACGGCAUCUGCUCAUAUUUGGCUCUCGUAUACGAAUUACCGUGCUGAUGCACCAGCCAUUUUCGCUGGUCUCUGUGCCUCUGUAGCAUCGGUGCGUGCAUGUUUUCUAAUGCAGUUCAAGCUCACAUUUUCCACACGCCUUGUAUGUAUUUAG